CGCUGUUUCAUCCGCCCUCUCAUCUCCCACCCAGCUUUCCGCCCGUUCUAUCCACUGCACCAAACAGCCACUUGGGCUAAAAUUCUCUACUGAAUUAUUCAUCUCUCCUAAUUUUUUUUUUGGCAUCCUCAUCCACACACCUGCGUUGCUUUCUUCUACGCACCCGCUGUAAUUAUUACUCCUCUCCCCCAAGGAUCACCUCAAAGAUGGCGUCCACCGAUCACCCAAUGUCGGACGGUCCAGACCCUGUUGUCCACACCACCAACGCGGUCUUUACAUCCUCGCAGCUGGCUUCGACCACAACCCUAAAUCCCAGCGAUGUUACGAAAGACACUUCUUCGCCUGAAAAUGUGCAGCCAGAGCCCACAGUCACCGAUGUACCGAAUAUGGGCGUAGAGAGUGGCGAUAGCGCUGCACCUGCACCUGCACAGGAGGGUAAUGCAGAUGGUAUUCCCCGAUUCACCGUACCACCUGGUGAAUCAGAAGAGCAGACAGGAGCUCCUGCGUUAUCGUAUAAAAAUUCCGAUGCGUCUCUUAAAGAGCCUGAAGACUCUGGGCCGUCUUUGACUAUCAUUCUUCUCUUGAUCACGGGCUCACGACAUCCUUUCAAGAUCGAUGGCGCGUAUCUGCGCAACCGAGGAGUCAAUGUUGAGAACAACGACCCCUUUUCUAUUAGCGUCUAUACUCUGAAGGAAUUGAUUUGGAGGGCGUGGCAGGACGAUUGGGAAUCCCGUCCGACCUCUCCCAGCUCUAUUCGACUCAUAUCGUUCGGAAAACUACUCGAGGAUAAAGCUCCUCUCUCAGACUCUAGAUUCAGCGCAGACGCCCCGAACGUUGUGCAUAUGACGGUCAAGCCCCAAGAACUCAUCGACGAAGAAGACGCUAAAGGCGCGAAGACUCAGUAUCCUCGGGAUCGAGAAGCUAGUGAACGAAGCCCGAGGUGUCGUUGUGUCAUCCAGUGAAUGGAUGUAUAUCGUGGACUCAACGAGACACGGGUUG